AUGUCCGAUCUCAUCGCCAAAUUUGAAUCACUUAUUAUUUCAAAGUAUCCUGUUUCUUUCAGCAAAGAACAAUCCGCCCAAGCUGCCCAAUGGGAAUCGGUUCUAAAAUCUGGUCAAAUUCAACCACACUUAGAUCAAUUAAAUUUGGUGUUAAGAGACAACACUUUCAUUGUAUCUACCUUGUACCCAACAUCCACCGACGUUCACGUCUUCGAAGUCGCCUUACCAUUGAUUAAGGAUUUAUUGGCAAGCUCCAAGGAUGUCAAGUCAACCUAUACCCAAUACAGACAUAUCUUAAGAUGGAUUGAUUACAUGCAAAACUUAUUGGAAGUGUCCAGUGCUGACAAGUUGGAAAUAAAUCAUGAUUUGGAUUUGCCUCACGAGGCUAUUGAAAAAAAGAAGAAGGCUCCAGCAGGUGACGCAGCUGCUGAUAUUGCAGGCAAGGCUGGGGAUGACAUGAGCAAAAAAGGUAAGAAGCAAGAUCAACCAAAAGGUAAGCCAGAUGAAGAAACUCUAAAGAAAUUGAGAGAGGAAGCAAAGGCCAAGAAAGCCGCCAAGAAGGCUGCCAAUGCCAAACAACAGCAAGAGCAACAAAACAAAACCCCAGAGAAAUUAAAUGCAUCUGUCAUUGAUUUCCGUGUUGGUUUCAUUCAAAAGGCCAUCAAGCACCCUGAUGCCGACUCAUUAUACGUUUCUACCAUUGAUGUUGGUGAUGAAGAAGGCCCUAGAACUGUUUGUUCUGGUUUGGUCAAGCAUUUCUCAUUGGAAGCCAUGCAAGAACGUUAUGUCGUUGUUGUAUGCAAUUUGAAACCAGUUAAUAUGAGGGGUAUCAAGUCUACAGCCAUGGUCUUGUGCGGUUCUAACGAAGACAAAGUCGAAUUUGUUGAACCACCAAAAGGUUCCAAGGCCGGCGACAAGGUGUUCUUUGAGGGUUUCGGCGACGAAGCUCCAAUGAAACAGUUGAAUCCAAAGAAGAAGAUCUGGGAACAAUUACAACCUCAUUUCACUACCAAUAGUGAUUUGGAGGUCAUUUGUGCAGAUGAAGAAGAAAAGAGCCAACCAAUAAGAAAGUUGACCAACGCCAAGGGCGAAUUAUUUAAGGUUGCCAGUAUCGCCAAUGCUCAAGUCCGUUAA